CGAUCUCACCGUGGCUGCAGCGAGCAUGGCGCGGGUCGCCGGACCACGUCCGCAUGCGGACAUGCGACAAUCCACCACCAGUGAGCGCGUGGCGAUCGACGAUGACUGGAUGAUUAAUGGACGUGAUUGCCAAUCGUGUUGCAAUCGUUAAUCCGUUGACUGUCAUUAUCGAGAAAAAUGACGAUGAUGUCGCUCGCGACAGAAUCACAGACCCUGGAAUCUUCUCGACGGAAUGCGCAAAGUCGAUCGAAUGAGUGUGUCGACGCGUCCUCCGGCAGUUACGCGGUCCUCCUCCCACGUAAACGUCUGGCGACCUCGCAGUAAGGGCGAGGGUACGAGAUUCCGCGCUCGCGUUCCGCCUCCGCGUGCUUCCAGAGCAGGGACGAGAGCAACUGCUGCGCGAUUGCGCGCCUUGUCCCGCGCGCGCGGGUGAUGCGUACACUCGCGAGACGCGCGAGUGGUCCACCUAAAGAAUCGUCAAUCGUAUCUGGCUGACAAAUGAUACGAUGAAACUUUGUACGUGUCGCUAGUGUUGAUAAAAUGUGUAUUCAUGAAAUUGCUAAAGUGCAAUUUAACGACGAUUCGCUCGCGCAAUGUUGCAUUUCUCUCUCUAGAGCGAGACUCUAGAGAGACGGAAAUUCGAGCGAAUAGACACAAACAAGCGAUCGAGUUAAUUAACGAUCAAACAAGAACCUGAUCGCUUCUCGCGCUCGCUGUCAUGAACAAUACUAGGAGAAAUCAUGAGGAACACCGAGGGAAAAUAAGUAAUCAAACGAUAGCGUACACCUUUUGGUCGAUCGGAGCAUCAAAGUAUGAUUUGCGUAAUCGAGAAUAAAUCGCAGUCUUGCUCGAUGUCUAAGCGCGAUAGCAGAGAGCCUGAGGGUGUCGCGUGAGUUUUAGAAAUUAGAUCGACACGAAAACAAUUUCAGGUAACAUUCAGACGCGUAAAACCGUAGAGAUGGACUGCUGCAAUUAUAUUGAAGCUUAUGCGGCAAGUGGUCACUUUUAUCCGCAACAGCAGCAGCAGCAGCAGCAGCAACAGCAACAACAACAAUAUUUCUGUUACGACAACGGUAACACGGCAUACGCCGGCUACGAUGCCGCUCCGAUCUCCAACACGAUCAAUAUUAACGCUCGAUACAAUGGGGCGAUACUACCCACGUAUCCGACAGAUUACGUGUACAAUCCGAAAGAGGCGAGACUACGAAAGGCGAUGCGCGAGCAGACUCGCGAGCUGUCGCGACGGUCGAUCCUGCAAAGCGCGAUCGCGAACGCAAAUGCGCGCACGGCCGCGAUCGGCGGCACUGUUUCCGCGUCGAUGGCUGGCAAUUUCCUGAACCAGCAUCAUCGUUUUGAUUGUUCAUCCGUGCCUAUGAGUUCAAAUGUGGAUCCUCAUCAAAGGAUCGAGCCCUGGUUUCAAGCGGUACAUCGGCCAAAACUGGUACACUCGCCGCGAAUCGGUGACUGGUACGGGAACAUGGACGACGGUCCGAUCGAGAGACUGCAAGCGAUGGGCGCGAUACACCAGCAACAGCGCGAUCUCGACAGAUCCAUCAAGGAUCAAAGGACUCAAGCGGCAGAAUGUGCCGUGUCAUCGUUCGCCUCCAACGGGUAUUUGCCAGCUUUCGCGGUCGCGGAAAGGGAAAUCCGCCGACAAGAAUCGACAACGGAAUACGUCGACUUUGUCGACGGUCAGAAAUGGCAUCCUUACCAAAACAGCGCGAGUCCUCAUCCACAUGCAAGGACGUCUCAUCCAUCACCGCAAAUGAGCGGCAUUCUUCACCCAAAUGUCCAGAGUACGAACGCGCAUGGACACGCACACGGUCUAUGGGGCCAAUUUUGUCACGGCGUGCUACCACACAUGCCGACCAUGGCUUGUAACGCUGCAAUUCGAGGUCCGCGGCAUGCAGUUUUUUUACGGGAUCGCACGCCAACUAGACACCGUGGAUUUUUGGAGGACGUAUCACAGAUGGUCUACGCUCCGGACAAGAUGCACAUUGGCAUUCGCGCAUCUUAUCCACCAUCGGAUCAUCGGGUAUCCAUUAUUUGCGACCAACAGAUUGUAAAUUCAGAUAAAAUGCCGAGGUUGCUGGAAUCAACGGUGGAAUCUGUCGUAGACUCGACGACGGCGACAGCAAUGACGACGACGACCAUGACGACGACGACGACGGCGACGAUGGCAACGACGACGACAACGACGACGGCGACGAUGGCAACGACGACGACGACGACGACGACAACGACGACGACUACGACUACGACUACGACUACGACUACAACUACUACGACGACGACGAUGGCGAUGACGACACCGACGACGACGACGAGUCGACGUGAAGAAAAGGAUGGAAUUAGAUGGGAACGAAAAGCUGUCACUACCGCAAUGUCCCUGGACGAACUCGUGCCAACGUCUAUGGAAGGCACCGUUUCUCGCGAGAAAGAACGAGGCGAGGCUCGGCACUCGAGCGAGCGAUUCGAACCAAAGAGAAAAUCCGUUCCGAGGCUUCCGGGUUUUCAUCAGGCUUUUGGCUCCACGGAGAUCGGCAGAUUUUCCAGAUCCAAGUUUUUCGUAAACAUGGUGGGCGAGAGUGGCAAUGGCGGUGACGUGAGCGACGGCGGCGAUGGCGGUGAUCGCGACGUAAGUAGGGAACAUUCGCUACUCAAGACAAUGGAGAGCGCAGUCGCGAGGGCGGCUGCGGCUGCGGCUGCAGCGACCGCGACAGCCACGGUAGCGACCGCAGCUGCGGCGGCAGCUGUCGUAGCCACCACGAUCGACGCUGACAAAACGUUCGACGCCGACGAUAACCGUGAAGCAUUCGCCAUCGGUGACGGCGCGCCGACGGCACCGUCGCCGAUCAGCGACGCGUACUCCGGACAGCCGCACAGCUGGCACAGUCCACACGUAGGUGCUAUAGGUAGCGAAAUUUAAGCGAGUUCAAUGGCGGUAUCGCGCCAUACUGUCUCUGCGAUGUUUGUCCAUUACUUUUGCCAUUAAACAGCCUCGGAAAGUGAUUACAUUCGCGCUGAAUGAAACGACGAAAUUUUAUGUUUCAUCGAUACAAGCGGCACGUGGAAAAUGAUGUUUUCACUCUCGAGUCACUGACAGACCUCGUUGACACAGUAUGGAAUAUCGCUGCAGCUUGACUCGAGUAGGACGUUGACGUUUCUUCUUUAGACUAAAGUGAUCCCCGUAGCGUUUUGGCGCGUGACAGACUCGCAAUGUGGUUGAAUGGUAAUGGUAAAGACCAUCUCUGGUCUCUUCGCGAGAAACGAGCGUGGACGGUUUGCGGAUGCAAAGUUUCCGAUGAAAAGAAACUAUUCGUGCUUUGCGUUAUACAUGCAGCAACAUGCGGAAAUAUUUUACUCUACGAGCAUUGAAAUUGCACGAUAAUUUCGGUAUGUUCGAAUAGAUCGUUUCCGUAAGAAAGUCUUGAUUGAAACGUAUGACGCUGCUCGGAAAGAAACAGUGCGUGUCACGUCGAGCGCAAUUGGUGCAAAUCAGCGCCGAUCAGCGGAAGGGGGUCAAUGUUGGCGUACGAAACGCGCCGACAAACUGCGAAUGUUCGUCGAGAUUGUGCCUUCCAGAGGAUCGGGGACGCGUCGGGAAUUCUCGUCGAGUUCUCUCGCCUUAUCGAGAAUCAAAGCAGCACGAUACAUCGCGUCUCGUAUGCCAAAAGGAAGAUGUAAUCAAAAAAGAUUGUGCCGUGCUCGAUCGGCAUUUUCCAUCACUGUUGUUACGUGUCGUCGGCGUUGUACACAUCGACGAACGAUUACCGCGUGUGACGAGGAGAAUAAGUUAUCUAGUAGAUUUCUUAGAGGCGAGGUUAUUAUAUAUACGUAUUACCGCGCGGAGAAACGAUGAAAUAAAAGUAAACACUGCGCGAGCGUAGGAAGCCAAGAAGCCGACAGGUAAACGCUCAUCCGCUUCUGGAAGAUAAUCGCGAAGGGGAGUGCACGAUGGUUCGUCUUAAGAAUCUGCGUCUAAACGUCACUUUGAAGCUUUUACACUUUUUUUCGCUAAUUGCCCCAAGACUCGCUUGUCUCAUAAUUAAUAAAACUUAUCUCCAGACCAGAAUGUUAUGACUGCAACGCUAUUGAUUAAGUUUAAUUGGUCGACGUGGAUUGUCAAUCAGUCGUCAACGUUAUCAGGUCUCGUUAUCUCGUUACACCAAACGCAGAUUAAACGCGAUUUUUAUUAUAACGCGUGGUGUUCAAGCUGGUAUAUUUGGUACCCUGAUCCCUGAUUUGGUCUCUUGAUCUCUCUUGACGUUUCGCAAGCAGCUUCUUAGUACGCGCUAGUAUCCGUGACUUGCGUCUAGUCUAUCGACCAGUUAAUUCGAGAUAAAUUCGUGCCGAAUACCCUGUAUACCUAUAAUGGGACCAAAUUAAACGAAAAACUUUUAUGUCGCGUUCACCGUCGCGCUUACGUCCUGCGUACGAUCACGUAUAAGAAACCUUCCCUCAUUCUGUUUGCGCGAUCGCUCGCGAGUGAAAGCAAACUGCUAUACAACCGCUCUGAAACCGCUCUGUGGAAUAUAUUCUACCAAGAACAGUUUGUUGUGACACACAUGAAAGUAUAAUAUAAUUGGAAAUAUAUUCUACUCUCUUUGUUUUUGCUAUACGGAAUAAUUACGCCUUAAAGAACAUAUUUGGACAGUUGUCAAAUCGAAGCGUGCGUAAUUUUCAUAGCGAGAGAAUGACGUUACGUUAUAGGAGUAAUCAAAUCAAGUAAUCUGCGACAUCCAGGAAAAGCCGUUUUCUCGACGUCAAUCGUAUCGGCGAUUAUGCACGUGAGGAGAUGCAAAUAAUCCUUACGCACAGUAGGGGACGAAUUCUCUUUAACCAAUCGGACGAACAUGAAUGUACACUGCGUGAUACACUGCGUAAUAUUACAAGUAACGGUAGCUAAAGAUAAUAAAACACACCGACCUACGAUAGACCUAUGGCGUUUUAUCCAAAAUAUACAUGACGAAUCAAAAGAAGUUUUCGAUGCCGAGGACAUCAAAGACCAUAACAUAAUAACGUAUUUUCAAAGAUAAAUCAACAUUUGCGAUCUAACUGUCCUGUAUGAUACGAGGUUGACAAAAAUUCGUCGUUGUAAAAUGUAUACUUUACUCUCAUUCGAUUGGGUCGAUCGCGAACGGUAUGACAAAAAUGAACGGAUGUCUGUGCGACAGUAAAAGAAAAAGAGAAAAAAAUAAAACAAUCUGUCUUUAGCGUA